GUCUGACCACCGCAACUACAGGAGGUAUAUAACAGGUACGGCUAGGUAGUGCUACCUUAGGUACCGGGAGGGAGGUUUAGGAAAUUUCUAGACGAGACAUUGGCUGCUCAUCCAAAGUUAUGACGCUCGUGAUUCCCACCCCCGCGGAAUAUUGAAGCUGCUACUCAUCUCAGCUGGACCAACAUAGAUCUCCUCCCUCCCUUGACAACACGCCGUAGCGAUUCGCUACCCGCUUUUGAUAGUUUGAGAGCCUCUCGCCAUCAUACAUUCUCAAGGCGCUUUCCCUGACAAUACGCCCUGCUUCCAAGCGCAAAAGACCCCGCGCCAUCAAUCCAUCUCCGUGCUUUGAUUUGCUCAUCAUACAACCCAACCCUCUACGAUACCACGAUCCGCCAUAUUCCCAUCCUGCCCAGACCUCGAUCAAGCGUCGAGAUUAACCCUCGACCAUGACAGAGGACCACAAAGUUGGGAAUGGGGAGCCGCCCUCAAACCCCCCAAAAGAAAAACCGCAGAAGGAGCUCUAUCCCAUGACUUCAUGGAAGUAUGAUGCUUUCCUCCAUACAUUUUCCGUUCUCGUAGACCUCUUCUUCCGCGAAGUUCAUCCCCGCGGCGCCUGGCGUGUGCCCAGGAGCGGUCCUAUUCUGUUCGUUGCAGCACCUCAUGCCAAUCAAUUUGUCGACGGCUUGGUCCUCCAGCGGACCCUUAAACAAGAAGCGAAUCGACGUGUCGGUCUCUUGAUUGCUGAGAAAUCCGUACAUGGCUUCAUCGGCUGGGGUUCUCGCCAGACUGGCUCUGUUCCUGUUGGCCGGGCCCAAGAUAAGGCGAAACCUGCGAAAGGUCUCAUAUACAUGCCCGACCCUAUCAAUGACCCCACUCUGAUACGCGGCAUUGGCACCGAUUUCGAGAAGGAGGCCGAAGUGGGCGGUAUGAUAUUCCUACCCUCGGUAAAGGGCCAGUCUGGAAGCUCCGUCGACAUAGCUAAGAUCGUUGGCCCCGAAGAAAUACGGACAAAACGAGCGUUCAAAGGGAAGCUUCCUAUGUUCCAGCUGACCGGCCGAGAAGACAUCGACAGUCAGGGCAACUUUGGUAACCAGGAGUUGAAAGGACCUAAAGAUGGUUAUGAGGGGACCAAGUUUAAACUGGCACCUCACAUAGAUCAGACAGAUGUCUACAAAGCCGUUUUCAGUCGUCUGAGAUCGGGCGGCUGUAUUGGCAUCUUUCCCGAAGGCGGCAGCCACGACAGAACUGAACUGCUACCCUUGAAAGCUGGCGUUGCCAUCAUGGCCCUGGGAACACUCGCCGAAGACCCCAACUGUGGUCUACAAAUUGUACCCGUCGGAAUGAACUACUUUCAUGCCCACAAGUUUCGAUCACGGGCGGUGGUAGAGUUCGGCCCCCCCUUUAAAAUUCCCGAUGACAUUGUCGAGAAAUACAAGAAUAACCAGAGGCGUGAUGCCAUUGCACAGACGCUGGAUAUGGUGCACCAGUCACUCAGCGCAGUUACCGUGUCAUCGCCUGACUACGACACCUUGAUGUGUAUACAGGCUGCGAGGCGCCUCUACAAUACGGGCAGAAAAUUGCCUUUACCAAUGGUUGUAGAGUUGAAUCGAAAGCUAGCUAUAGGUUUCUCCAAAUACAAAGAGGACCCCCGCAUCGUCGAUCUGAUGUCCAAUCUUAGAGACUACAACAAACAACUUCGUUACCUCAACAUUAAGGACCACCAACUGGCUUACGCUAAGCUGACGCUGCCCAGAGUCAUCUUCACGUUACUCUACCGAAUUUCCAAGCUCCUGGUUCUCUCUAUUGGUGUCGUCCCUGGCCUCGUGCUGUUUGCCCCGGUCUUCGUCGCCACGAAGUAUAUCAGCCAUCAAAAGGCCAAAGAAGCUCUCGCAGGCUCCUCUGUCAAGAUACAGGGGCGAGACGUAAUGGCUACCUGGAAACUUCUCGUUGCGAUGGCUUUCGCACCAGCACUCUAUAAUCUCUAUUCCAUCUCCCUCGCCGUCAAGGCCUAUCAAGACAAUCUGUGGGGCUACUUACACCACUCUAUUCCCUUCUGGCUUGUGUAUAUAAUUGCUUGGAUUAUUUUCCCUGCUAUCACGUUUGCCGCUUUUCGAAUCGGAGAGGUUGGCAUGGACAUCUUGAAAUCGCUCAGACCAUUGAUACUAUGUAUCAGCCCAACCUCAAGCUAUAGCGUUCAGAGACUGCGCGAGCGACGAAUAGAAUUGUCGAAGCAGGUUGCGAAGGUGAUUAAUGAUCUCGGUCCCGAUAUGUACGAUGAUUUCGAGAAAACACGGCUUGUGUCCGAUCCAUUUCGAGAGGAUGGCUUUCUUAGCACACAAGAAGAAAUUGGUGUUCCCACGAUACAUCGUGACGACGACUCAGCUAUCUCAUCUCCACCCGACUCGCCUGGUCUAGUUCGCAGAGACACAACGCUUUCGAGCCGUGCGAUCCCACGGAACGAAUCAUUCAGUAACAUUGGGUCGGUUGGUAUGUUUGCUACACGGCCACCGUCUCGGUCAAGGAGUAGGAGUAGCAGCGCCGGUGGUGGGUUCGGGUUUGCAGGUUUCCCCGUGUCUGGUUUUACUUCCUUAGACUCUCGGGGAGGUUUUCAGGAGGCGAACAACAAGAUUCGAGCGGCAAUGAAGGAGAGAAGCGAAUUGAGGAGGAGAAAGAGCGGGUUUUCGGUAAACGAAUCUGAAAGUGAUGCCUGAUUAUUUCUUAUUGGAACGUAUUCGUGGGAUAUAAACAGGCUGAUACUUGUACGUUUUACUGGGCGGUCUUUUCAUCUUUUCCUCUUAGCAACACGUUAUUAGUUGGAUGCGGCCAUACCCUUUCUGUUGAUUUGUUGUAGCAAUGGAUCUGCUAGUUGGUUUAGUAACACUGUAUGAUAUAUAUCUAUAAGUCAUACAUGAGGGUGGGAUUCACGUCCAUUUUAGGGUGGAAUGCGAAAGAGGGUAUGAUCAAAAGGGGCUUGGAGUUGGUGAUACUCGUGAAAUCCGAAAACUAUACAAUCCAUUCACUAUAAUGUUUUCCAAUUCCAAGCUUUAUUCAGCUGUCUACAUAUGUAUGUACCAUGUAGAUGAGGUAUGAUUAAUAGGGAACUAAUUCAAACCUGAC